UCAAAAAAGAUUGCUGUAAUUUAUUGAAUAAUAAAAUAAACUCUUUUUUUAUUUUUUUUCAAUAAAAAGAACAAAGAUGGAAGAUAUUGUUGCUUUCGCUGACAAUUUAAGGUUUGAUAUAGAAAUUGCUUUAGAACAGCAAUUAGGAGCAUUACCUUUGCCAUUCCCUGGAAUGGACAAAUCGGGAUCUUCUAUAUGCGAUUUCUUUGUUCGGGGUAUCUGCAGCAAAGGUUCUUCUUGCCCAUUUCGGCAUGUCAAAGGUGAUAGAACUGUUGUUUGUAAGCAUUGGCUUCGAGGGCUUUGCAAGAAAGGCGACCAGUGCGAAUUUUUACACGAGUAUGAUAUGAGCAAAAUGCCAGAAUGUUAUUUUUAUUCUAGAUUCAAUGCUUGUAGCAAUAAAGAAUGUCCAUUUUUACAUAUAGAUCCUGAAGCUAAGAUCAAAGAUUGCCCGUGGUAUGAUCGAGGAUUUUGUAGGCAUGGACCAAAUUGCCGGCUUCGUCAUACGAGAAGAGUUAUAUGUGCGAACUACAUGUGUGGGUUUUGCAUAGAUGGACCAAACUGCAAAUUCAUGCAUCCGAAAUUCGAUUUGCCAAUUCAAGACCCUACUGCUCAACCCAAAAAAUCGAUUAUCACUUGCCACUAUUGCUCCGAACCUGGCCACAAAGCUAUUUCGUGCCCUAAUAUGCCAGCUGAACUGCGAGAUGAUCAAAACGUUAAGAGUAAUUCACAGAGUAACAUUAAUCAGAUUCAGCUUGUUAGUAUUCAAUUACAGGAUGGCUUAAAAGCAGGGUUCAGGCCUAUCGAGCAAGUGACUUGUUUUAAAUGUGGGGAAAAGGGUCAUUAUGCUAAUAAAUGUCCCAAAGGCCAUCUAGCAUUCCUCAGUCUGGCGUUGCAAAAUAAUCCCCGGCCACAACUGCAGCAACAAUCGUAGCACUUGUGAUAUAGUUAAGCCUACUAAAUGAUAUCUACCCCCUGCCCCUUGAGCUGUGCUCAUUUUUCAACGUCUAAAAUUUGCCAUGGAGUUUAAUAAUCGUUUAGUAAAAUGAUUUCAAGGAAUUUAGAUAUGUAUUGUAAAAAUAGGUCUUCACAUCAUUUUAUGCGUUAUAAAAAUAUUUCCAUUUAUUAAUUAUGUAACAC